AUUUCUUGCGCUCCCAUUGAAACCGCCUGGCUGUUGUUUUCCCGGUCGAGGAGGAGGAGGAGGAAGUUGUUCCAACCUCGCGGUGCCCGAAGGGUUUUAUUUUUCUCCGGGAUUACAGACUUUAGUCAGAGGAAGCUUCCGUUUCUUCUGUGACGAAGCGACCACCGGUUGAGAACCUGCGCGGGAAGAGCCGGGAAGGAUACACCCCCCACCCCCCCUCGCCCGCCCCCACCACCCAUCCCCGACACCUCGGAGCGCGGUGCGUCAGCGGCGGAACUCCUCGGACCAGCGCGCGACCCCGCUGCGACCGGACCGUGUGAGGAGCAAACAGCCAGAGAUGCUUCACUACCCGCGGGCUCCUCCUCAGACACUCUUGCUGCUGCUGCUGCCGCUGCUGUGAACUUUAUGGUUAAAAAACCAAACAAAAGAAGGAAAUUACAAAAAGAGCGUCUUCAUUUCGCAACGUAUAGGACAGGGAUUAAUCAUGCCGGACCAAAUCACAGUGACAGAGUUUGUGGCGGAGACGAACGAAGAUUAUAAAUCGCCCACCGCCUCCAACUUCACCACCAGGAUGUCCCACUGCAGGAAUACAGUGACUGCCCUCGAGGAGGCUCUGGACGUGGACCGAAGUGUUCUGCACAAGAUGAAGAAGUCUGUGAAGGCCAUCUACACGUCUGGUCUAGCCCAUGUAGAGAAUGAGGAGCAGUACACGCAGGCCCUGGAAAAGUUUGGAGAAAACUGUGUGUACAGAGAUGAUCCUGAUCUGGGUUCAGCUUUCCUCAAGUUCUCCGUCUUCACCAAAGAGCUCACUGCGCUCUUCAAGAACCUGUUCCAAAACAUGAACAACAUCAUCACCUUUCCCCUGGACAGCCUGCUGAAAGGAGACCUGAAGGGAGUCAAAGGGGAUCUGAAAAAGCCGUUUGACAAAGCGUGGAAGGACUACGAAACCAAAGUCACCAAGAUAGAGAAAGAGAAGAAGGAGCAUGCGAGGCAGCACGGGAUGAUCAGGACGGAGAUCAGUGGGGCAGAAAUCGCUGAGGAGAUGGAGAAGGAAAGGAGGUUCUUCCAGCUGCAGAUGUGUGAGUAUCUCCUCAAAGUCAAUGAGAUCAAAAUCAAGAAAGGGGUGGACCUGCUGCAGAACCUCAUCAAGUACUUCCACGCACAGUGCAAUUUCUUUCAGGAUGGCCUGAAAGCUGUGGACAACCUGAAACCCUCCAUAGAAAAACUGGCCACGGAUCUGCACACGAUAAAGCAGGUGCAGGACGAGGAGAGAAAGCAGCUGACUCAGUUGCGAGACGUCCUGAAGACGGCGCUGCAGGUGGAGCAGAAGGAGUCGAGGAGAGAUUCACAGGUGCGGCCAAGCACCACGUACAGCCUGCACCAACCGCGGGGCAACAAGGAGCACGGCACGGAGCGCAGCGGCUACCUUCACAAGAAGAGCGACGGCUUGAGGAAAGUGUGGCAGAAGAGAAAGUGCACGGCGAAGAACGGCUACCUCACCAUCUCACACGGCACAGCUAACCGGCCGCCAGCUAAACUCAACCUGCUCACCUGCCAGGUGAAGCACAAUCCUGAAGAGAAGAGAAGCUUUGACCUCAUAUCCCACGACAGAACGUAUCAUUUUCAGGCCGAGGACGACCAAGACUGUCAGAUCUGGAUCUCGGUGUUACAGAACAGUAAGGAGGAGGCGCUGAAUCGGGCCUUCAAAGGGGACCAGCAUGUGGGAGAGAACAACAUCGUGCAGGAGUUGACCAAGGCGAUCCUGGCAGAGGUCAAGAGAAUGACUGGAAAUGACGUCUGCUGCGACUGCGGAGCGCCCAACCCGACGUGGCUGUCCACCAACCUGGGAAUCCUCACCUGUAUCGAAUGCUCGGGGAUCCACAGGGAGCUUGGAGUCCACUACUCCAGGAUCCAGUCCCUGACCCUGGACGUACUCAGCACCUCAGAGCUCUUGCUGGCCAAGAAUGUGGGGAAUGCUGGCUUUAAUGAAAUCAUGGAGGCUGGUUUAGGUGCUGAAAAUGUGGUGAAACCCAACCCAGGCAGUGACAUGCAGGCGAGGAAAGACUUCAUCACGGCCAAGUACACGGAGAAACGUUUCGCCAGGAAGAAGUGUCCCGACGCGGCGUCGCGCCUCCACACGCUGUGUGACGCCGUGAAGGCCCGCGACAUCUUCUCCCUCAUCCAGGUCUACGCCGAGGGAGUCGACCUGAUGGAGCCCAUCCCUCUGGCCAACGGACACGAGCACGGGGAGACAGCUCUUCAUCUCGCGGUCAGACUGGUGGACAGAACGUCCCUUCACAUUGUUGACUUCCUCACUCAGAACAGUUUGAAUUUGGACAAGCAGACGGCCAAAGGCAGCUCGGCGCUGCACUACUGCUGCCUGACCGACAACAGCGAGUGUCUGAAACUGCUGCUGCGGGGGAAGGCCUCCAUAGAGAUUGCUAAUGAGGCCGGGGAGACGCCGCUGGAUAUCGCCCGGAGGCUCAAACACAUACAGUCUUCCAGGCUGCACUCUGCGUCGAGCCAGACGAGCAAUAACUCUCCUCCGCGGUCGCCCCUCUUCGUCUCCCCGCAGGGCCAAUACAAUGAUAAAAGCUUCAACCGCCCGCUAAAUCGAACAGCAUCUAUUGAGAGACCAGCUAAGGAAGUGCCAGGAUGCCCCCAGAACUCCAUGGGUCAGUCUCUGCCGUCAGGCCACACGCAGAGGAAAACCUUCCCAAAGCAGAGGCCAAAGCGAGUGAAAGCCAUCUACAACUGUGUGGCCGACAACCCGGACGAGCUGACCUUCUCUGAGGGCGAGGUGAUCGUAGUGGAUGGAGAGGAGGACCAGGAGUGGUGGCUGGGCCACAUCGAGGGCGACCCGAUGAGAAGAGGAGCCUUCCCCGUCACGUUUGUACACUUCAUCGCCGACUGAAAGGUGUCCUCUGCGGGUCCCAGGAAGCGUCCCAGGGGACGUCCCUCUCUCACCCGUCUCUGUUCAGCCAGCAAGCAGCCACCAUCGCCCCAAUGUUUGUUGUCGAUAUUACCACCAUCAUCAUCAUCAUCAUCAUAAUCAUAAUCAUCAUCAGCAGCAGCAGCGAGCUUCUUAGAGUGUCGUUUCCGUGUCGUCGCAACAUCUGGAUGUCCCUCCUCGUGGGGCCGCAUGUUGUUUUCAUGCUCGCCGUUGAUGUUCUGACAAAGACGCGUGAACAUUUUAAAACGUAUGAUUGUAGUCUAUGACCGCUUACAAAAGAUGCACUUUGCUUGUCUUCAUACUUGUUACAGCAUAAGAUGACGUAAGACAGAAUGAAGGUUCAUUUGUACAGUAUUCCCAUCCAUUAUCUGCUGAGCUGCCUUGUACAGAUAGUGCUGUGAGGACUGCAGCAAUGUAUUUGAACGUUUUGAGCUAAUUUAAAUGUGAACCUAAGCAACAUGCUUCCAUUCCUCAUCUGUGCAUGAGUAAGUAAGUUUUAAAUGUCUACCUGCUAAUCUGUGUGAGCUUCCAACUCUGUUCAAGGCCUGCCGUGGGGAGGUCUUUCUAAUGGUGCUACGUUGACCCUGGAAUAUUCUAGAAUUUUUGCACUCAAAAGGGAGCGUCCCUUUCCACUUUUCAAAGACGGCAUUGAAAAUGGGGCAAAAAAUAUUGUAAAAAUAGGAACUUCUCCCAGGUGUGAUGAGUGUUUCACUUGUGUGUGUGUGUGUGUGUGUGGCGUGAUGGAGCAGAUUUUCCACGCACACACUCCCUAUACUGCUUCAUCCAAGUUCUCCUUCCCUCUGUGUUUUGGGUGUAAUGAUGACACUGACAUGAGCUGCAGCAGCCAGUACUUCCCUAUAUGCCGCGGCGAAGACACCUCAGGCUGUCUCCUGCCUCAUUCGUGGGACAGGAAGUGUCUGCGUGUGCGAGUGUCUCUUCUGCACAUGACCUGGAAAUAAGAUAAUAUUGAGGUUAGAGGAACUAAAGAGGGUGGGAAUUUUAUGCGAAGCAGGAGUUGGUUCAGAUUUUCUUUUUGCUUUCUCUUGCCUUUGAGAGCAUUGUUUUGUUUUUCACCAAUCAGCUGACUACACACAAAUAUCCUUCCUACAGCUUAAGCCUCUCGUACAUGUACGUCUCCGGGUCCCAUGGUAUAGAAAGAGGAGUUGUAUCAAUAGUGUUAGGUGGGACUAAUACGAGAUAAAUAUCCAACAUUCGAUGUGAUUAACUGUAUUUUUCUUUCAGAGCAACUUUGUCUGUUUGUGUUGAUAUUUAGGCAUUUAACCUGAAACCAGAGCCUUUCUUGGACUUGUGAAUGAUGAGAAACAUGUGAAUCUUAACUGAUACUCUUCAUCAUGUUUAAUAUGAACUCACUGGAAACGGGAAGAUUUGAAUUAUCUAUUCAUGUAAAUAGGUUUGAGUUUGUUGAUAUUUAUAUGUAAAAAGAAGAGUUAACCUGGGCACUAAAUGUCUUUAAUGGUCUGUGGUGAUGAGCAGUUACAGAUACAACCUCAGCUGGACCUGUGUGUGUGUGUGUGUGUGCUGAAAUCAAAAGUACAUACGAACACACAAAACUGGGACAAUAAAUGUCAUUUAUUCUUA